AUGACGCCCAAACUGCCAUCACUCAUUAAAGUCGACAGCCUCGACAUUCAUGUCUUGAUCAAUGAUGAGAUUGACCAAAUCUCACCGAGCCCAAAUCCGCGGGUUCAGCAUGCCCAAUCUUUCGCUGGUGUCCCAUUGAGCCCUGUGUCAGACCCCAGUUCUCGAGGAGGAGCUCGGUUGGAAAUGCCAAUGCGAAAUAUCUGUUGCGGCGCUCAUGGCCUGUCCUUGUUUAUCACAGCGAAAAAGGGCAAUAAGUCUCACACUCUUCUUUUCGAUGCCGGGCCUGAGGAAGACGUUUUCGAGAAAAACGUCCAGAGACUCAAGCUCCCAAUGGCUGAGAUUGGUACCAUUGUGCUUUCGCAUUGGCAUAGAGAUCACUCUGGCGGGCUUCUCUCAGCGAUUGGGCUCGCCAGCAGAGGGAGGUCAGACAGCGAUCAGGUCAUUGUUGCGCUUCCUCCAGAUAUGCCAGCAUUGAGAGGAAUUAUGUUCGAUCAACCUAUUUCGCUAGAGCCAGAUCCCCCCAUAGAUGAGAUCAAUAGUGCUGGUGGCAAGACAGUUGUCUUGAAUGAGGCACUCACUGUUCUAGAUGACACCUUUCUCAUAUCCGGCGAGAUUCCGCGCCAGACAGAGUAUGAAGGUGGUAUCCCAGGUGGUGUUCGAUAUGACCCGGCCAAGGAUGAAUGGAUAAAGGACGAGUUGAUCAUGGAAGAGCGGUUCGUCAUGUGUAAACUCAAAGGCAAGGGCCUGGUCAUCUUCACUGGCUGCAGUCACGCUGGCCUCAUUAACAUUGCCAGACAUGCUAAAUCCAUCGAUGACAGCCCUAUUUACGCUAUUGUCGGCGGAUACCACCUCGCAGAUGCGUUGCCUGAUAAGAUGGAGCAGAGCAUGAAGGAUCUUAAGGAUCUCAAGCCAGCUUACAUCGGUAGCUCUCCCAUCGUCAUCAAUAUGACUUCCCUUGUAUUUGCCACGCUUCUUGCCAGCGCAUAUGGCAAGACAGUCAAGUCUCCUACUCCACCAAUGGGAUGGAACAGCUACAAUCACUACAACUGUCGGCCAUCUGAGGACAUCAUCAAAAUUAAUGCCAAAGGGUUGGUUGAUCUUGGUUUCAAGGACCUCGGCUAUAGUAUCGUCACCGUCGACUGCGGAUGGCCUUCGAGAGACCGGGAUAGCAAAGGAAGACUUCAAUGGAAUGAGACUCUCUUCCCGUCGGGUCCUAAAGCCCUUGGAGAUUAUAUCCAUGAUCUGGGACUAGAAUUUGGUCUUUACUCGGGAGCUGGAUACUUACAGUGCGGUUCAACCGACAUUCCUGCUUCCCUUGACUAUGAGGAGAUCGAUGCUAAGUCGUUCGCGGAGUGGGGAGGCGACACUCUCAAAUACGACAACUGUUACGCGACAUCCAAGACCAAUAUGGUCGACGCCAGUUCAGCUGAGGCAAAGAGCCCCAACCGCUUCAUUAAGAUGGCUGCGGCUAUCAAUCAGACUGACCGCGACAUUAAGUAUUUCCUCUGCCAAUGGGGCAUUGGCGAAGAUGUUCCUCAAUGGGCUGCUCCUCUCGGCAACUCAUGGCGAAUGAGUAACGAUAUCUUCAAUGCCUGGAGAGCAAUCUGGCGCAUUACAAACCAGGUUGUCGCUCACGCCAAAUACAACGGGCCAGGCGCUUUUGCUGACAUGGACAUGUUAAUUAUUGGCCUUGGUGCACUUUCGCACGAUGAAGAACGCUUCCACUUCGGCUUCUGGUCUAUGAUGAAAUCUCCUCUCAUCAUUGGUGGCGUGAUGGACGCCAAGCAAAUCCCUGCCGAAUCUCUCGAGAUCAUGUCCAACAAAGAAGUCAUCGCUAUCAAUCAAGAUCCUUUAGCAGGAGCGGCGAAGCUCGUUAUCCGAUAUACCGAGGAAGAGUGGGAUAUUUGGGCCGGAAACCUCUCUUCUAACCGCAAAGUCCUCGGCGUUUUGAACUGGAAGAACGAGACUCAAACCGUGAAGGUUGACCUGUCGCUGAUUGGUGUUGGCGAGGCAGCGGCUCGAGACGUAUGGGCUCACGAGGACCUUAGUAUUUCGGGUAUCCAGGAAUUCAAGCUUGCACCUCAUGAGUUACGACAGCUUGUCUUGUCCGACAUCAGUCCGGCUUCACCUCCCAAAGCCGCGGGUUACUAUCCAGCUCAAGACGCGACUCUCUCAGGUUCCGCUUCUCUCAUCAACUGCAAAGACACAGAAUGUCUUCCAACUCACAAGAAGGUCGGAUCGAUCGGCAAAGAUGCUAAAGUGACCUUCAAGUCCGUCAGUGCUACCAAGGACGGUUCAGUCUAUUUAGGCAUCGAUUACAUCAAUCAUGAGUACCAUCACACGAUCGGCGAUUGGGAGACAAACUCCCGGAACAUGUCAAUCUCAGUCAACGGAGAAGAUGCAAAGCGAUGGGCGUUCCCGAAUGCUGGAGGUGAUUGGUUCGAGAGCGACCGGCUCACGAUCCUUGUUGAUGGGUUCAAGAAGGGGGAUAGCAACGAUGUGACCUUUACUGCGUCCACUUCCGGCAGUUGGGCGCCUGAUUUGGUGGGAUUUGAGGUCCUGGAGUAG